AGUACAAUGAAAGCUAUAACUCUUUUGCUUCUUGUUUUGGUUUCGGCCACUUGUUUAUUGGCCAUACAGGCCGAAUCUGAUCCAUCAAAUGAUGUUGACUUGGACUAUGAGCUUGACUCUAAGCUUGAUUAUGAGUUGGAGAUAGAUCAGUUUCUGGAUGAAAUGGACGACGAAGAUGACUUAAUGGAAGUGGAGGAUUAUGGCUUGAUUCGUUCUAUUAUACACAUACUUCAUAGGGUUUUGAAAACAGUUCGUGGCUCCAAGUGCGUUUUCAAAGGAGUUGCUGAUAUUCUUUAUUCCUGUUCUAAUUUUGUGGAUGCUGUGGAAUCCUGCGGAACUGAGAUUCCCAAGGAUGUGGAAAAAAUUGUCGACUCUGUGAAGCAGAUCAUAAAAAUCUGCGACGAUAUUCUUCACUUGAGAUCGAAGCUUUGUGCCAAAGACAAAUCCUUCCUUCAUCAUCUUAAAAACUCGUUCAAAUGCUUCUGGAAGCUAUUUAGGUCGACCAUAAAAUUAACCAAGAAGAUCCAUAAGACCCUCAAACUGAUUGGAAAGUUGCCUGCUGAUACAAAUGUCUGUUUCUUGAAUGCAACCAGCAGUGUCAAGGUGUCCUUUAACUCCUUCUUUUCCAAUAUUAAAGUUUGUCGAAAAUAAUAAAAAACUUUACUAAAAUAAUAAACAAUCAAAUACUUUAUCUAAACAAUAUUA